AUGUGUUCCACUGCUCUUCCAACAGGUGUUCAGAUGGGAGAGAAGGGUUCUGGUUGCAACAUCUACCCCUCUGCAUUCUCGUGGUCGAGAAGUGGGGAGGACCAAGUGGCGACGCAUACUGGCAAGAGCGAUGUCUGCCCUGCAGAGUUCAGCCUGAGCAGGAACACACAGCAGCACAAGGGGACAGAUUCAUGCAAGAAACCAUACAAGUGCGAUGUCUGCUCUGCGGAGUUCAGCCGGAGUGCUCGCCUGCAGCAGCACAAGCGAACACACACAGGUGAGAAGCCAUACAAGUGCGAUGUCUGCCAUGCAAAGUUCAGUCAGGGCGGGCACCUACGGCAGCACAAGCGAACACACACGGGCGAGAAGCCAUACAAGUGCGACAUCUGCCCUGCGAUUUUCAGUGACAGCGGGCCCCUACAGCGUCACAAGCGGACACACACAGGUGAGAAGCCAUACAAGUGCGAUGUCUGCCCUGCGGAGUUUAGCCGAAGUGAGCUACUGCAACACCACAAGCGGACACACACUGGUGAGAAGCCAUACAAGUGCGAAGUCUGCCGUGCAGAGUUCAGCCUGAGUGGGAACCUACAGCAGCACAUGCGGACACAUACGGGCGAGAAGCCAUACAAGUGCGAUGUCUGCCACGCAGAGUUCCGCCAGAGCGGGACCCUACAGCAGCACAAGCGGACACACACGGGUGAGAAGCCAUACAAGUGCGAUGUCUGCCAUGCAAAGUUCAGUCAGGGCGGGCACCUACGGCAGCACAGGCGAACACACACGGGCGAGAAGCCAUACAAGUGCGACAUCUGCCCUGCGAUUUUCAGUGACAGCGGGCCCCUACAGCGUCACAAGCGGACACACACAGGUGAGAAGCCAUACAAGUGCGAUGUCUGCCCUGCGGAGUUUAGCCGAAGUGAGCUACUGCAACACCACAAGCGGACACACACUGGUGAGAAGCCAUACAAGUGCGAAGUCUGCCGUGCAGAGUUCAGCCUGAGUGGGAACCUACAGCAGCACAUGCGGACACAUACGGGCGAGAAGCCAUACAAGUGCGAUGUCUGCCACGCAGAGUUCCGCCAGAGCGGGACCCUACAGCAGCACAAGCGGACACACACGGGUGAGAAGCCAUACAAGUGCAAUGUCUGCCCUGCGAAGUUCAGGCAGAGCGGACAGUUAUGGCAUCACAAACGGACACACACGGGCGAGAAGCCAUACAAGUGCGAUGUCUGCCACGCAGAGUUCCGCCAGAGCGGGACCCUACAGCAGCACAAGCGGACACACACGGGUGAGAAGCCAUACAAGUGCAAUGUCUGCCCUGCGAAGUUCAGGCAGAGCGGACAGUUAUGGCAUCACAAGCGGACACACACGGGCGAGAAGCCAUACAAGUGUGAUGUCUGCCCUGCAGAGUUCAGCAGGGGCGCGGACCUACAGGAGCACAUGCGGACACAUACUGGCGAGAAGCCAUACAAGUGCGAUGUCUGCCACGCAGAGUUCCGCCAGAGCGGGACCUUACAGCAGCACAAGCGGACACACACGGGUGAGAAGCCAUACAAGUGCAAUGUCUGCCCCGCGAAGUUCAGUCAGAGCGGGCAGUUAUGGCAUCACAAGCGGACACACACGGGCGAGAAGCCAUACAAGUGUGAUGUCUGCCACGCAGAGUUCAGACAGCGCAGAACCUUUUCACGUCACAAGGCGACACACACGGGUGAACAGGCAUAAAAUUGCAACCUCUGUCCUGCAGUGUUCAUCCAGAACCCAAACUUGUAAUGUGAUACAAGUGCGGUCUCUGUCCUGCAGCAUAUCACCAGCAGGCACCCUAAGGUGAGAUACCAUAAAAGAGCAUUCUCUGUUCUCCAGACCUGAGGCACAGUACAAACAUGCAGUGUAACAAGAAGGCCUCCAUGGGUGUGAAGCCAUACAAAUGCAACCUCUCUGCUGCAGAGUUCAUGUACAGCACGAACACACAGAGUUAGAGAAGAAGCUGCUAGAGAUAGUUCAGCCAGAGCACAAAGCCUGUAGGUUUAACAUGCAGCCAAGACACACUUGUGAUGGCAACCAUGCAAGUGCUUAGAGGCCUCGUACACGUGAAAGCGCACCAGUCCUGGGCUGUCGCAUGUCCUUGAUGCAGACACCUGAAGAAGCACAUGUUAAUGCACAGAUAGGGGAACGCUGUAUACGGAUGCGAUUUGUAUCCCACCGUAUUUUACCUGUGUUUGACAUUUUUGAAACUCGCACGCAUGAACAGGCGGAGGGUAAAAAGCAUGGAAGGAAGGAAACACAGGAGCGGCCGUUUCGAACAGAUUUUCGUGGGACCCCUCUGGCGGUCGCCCCUGUCAAAACCGCCAUUACUUCCUGUCCACUACGUGAUCCUCUCUAAAGUUUCGGUUUAGCAACGCUUUGUCCCUCGCGCUGUUUUCCGUGCUUUUAAGCUUUUCCAAAGCCAUUUACUCUUAACAUGUGAGCACCACUGCGGAAACAACAUUUUGUUAACGUGUUCUUACCGCUGUUGCGGCUGUCGUUCAACAGAAAGCAGCUCUGUCACGGGAAUAACGUCUCAUUCGUAAGUACGUACUUGAUCGGUUGUUUCGUACCCCUGUCUGUGAGAGAGCCAUCUUGAAUCGUUCGUUUGCAAGCUGGCGCUGUGCUACAGCUGCAGAUUCAUCGGAUUUCCAUCAUUGUUGUACAAGUUUGAUUACUGGCAUGCUUUACCACUUCAGCAACAAACACAAAACGUGGCCACGUCGUCACACAAACGUCGCUGCCACGAAUGAUGUUUCUAGUCCUGCGUGGUGGUCCUGCAGUCGGCAGACCGUGACCGGUCUUGUGGUAGAAGGGUAAACGAAGAGUAAACCUCCGAACACACACAAAACAAACUGGAGGCGCGGCGCUCAUCACAAGGCAGAUGUCUGGAGCUGCAAUCACGACUCCCGUCGUCUGCUUUGGAAGCUGGCCUGCGCAUGCUCUUGGGGUCAGGUGAGCGGUCACAUGGUAGACAGGAGCAUCCCAGAAUGCAAUGCGAGGCUGGCACGCCCGUCCCCAUGGCAAAAACUUGGAAGGGCCGCUCCUGUGUUUCCUUCCUCCAUGGUAAAAAAGUUGGGUUGGGUGGUGACACACGUGAAAAGUAAACAAAGAAACAAUGAAGAGACACCCAUACAGUGGCUCUGAACUGUUAACCAAGGUUUACUUCCAUGAACAACAUAUGCAUUGCAUUGUUUCCCUUUUGCCUCUCUGUUACAUUCUUU